AUGGCCAUCACAGCUCCCACAGAGAUAGGCGAAGUGCUUUCUGUGACCACACGGAAUGAAUCGGUGUCUCGCAAAAGAAAAGCCACUCCAUCACCAGAGCUUUCGUCUCCUAGAAAAUGCUUGAUAUUGUCUCCCUCUGGCGUUGUCGCGUCAGGGAGCACAAUCAUCCGCCUGGGUGAUGUCCCGCUCUUCGCACCAUCGAGGCGUCUUUUCCCAUCAGGCGAGGCUAUAAUCGCCAAUAGGUCGCCUGCUGAGACGAUGCACGCCCAGCCUAAUUCGCCAGAGUCUUCGACCCCAGCCUUCCAAUUCCCCCUUUCCCGCCACAUCGUUCUUCCAUUCAAUCUCCGUCAGAAUCGGGACUUUGGCGAGAAUUCUAAACUACUAUUCCAACUUUUUCCCGAAACCAAGGCGGUGUCUUUUGAUGGCUAUUUCUUGGUGUUUUGGCUCGGCACCCUACCGCCAAAGCCCUGGCCUACUACGAUUGCCGGUGUCCAGCCCUACUUCACGACUGAUCCAAAUGACGAAGGUCCAACUCCGCCAAUCAAACGCAAGAGCAAAUCGCGUCUUCGCGUAGCUGCUGAAAUUGACGCCACAAAGCUUCAGCCGGAUAAAAUUGACGGCGCAUUCCAGCUGGUCUUUGACUUCUUCUCGAAAUCUGAAAUUUCCAUUACGGAAGUUCAGUACUGGAAACAUUUCUUCGUCAUUGUUUUGGAGAACGAGGCCUCCUACCUCGCCGAAAUCCCCUCUGUGAUAGGACGCUGUAGUUGUUUCUACCUGUUCGAAAAGGAGAUGGGACGUCCAAAUCCGGAUGAAUAUCCGGCCCGCUGGAUCCGUGAUCCGACCGGCGAAACUGUCGACAACUGCGAGUAUGACAUACUUCGUCCCGGUGUAAUGUUGAGCUCUGGAAGACAUCCUACCACCCACCUUGAAUAUCACACCACGUCCGGUGUCCUUGUUGAAGAUUGCCUAGGUAAACAGUAUAUGACCGUCUCCUCCCACGGUUUUCCAAAUGGUGGUAGGGUUUUCCAUCCGUUCGAAGGGGCAAAAGACAUUGGACAGAUUAUCAUGGAACUUUCGCAUACAGAUAUCGCCCUUGUUAAAUUACACGACGGGGUCAACUUUGAAAAUGAAACUUUCGAGAGUCCGCUUAGCGUAGCAACACCUACUCGGUUGAAGGAGUUUGUCCUAGCCAACAACACUCAAAUCGGCUCCGAAAUCUACAUGAACAACCCAUACCUUGGUUACUCAGAAGGUACCUGUGGUCCGCAUGUGCGGAUGCACGUGCCGAAUGAUGACCCCAAUGAACCGGAAAAACUACAAUGGAUCAAGGCGCGGUGGCUUUACUUAGGUCAAGGGUUCAUUGACCACCUCGAAGAUGGCAUUUGUGGAUCUGCGAUCUGGAAUGACGAUGGAAAUGUCAUUGGAUUCUUCCGUUAUGCUCCGAGGUCGGGGCAUUUCCGGGACUGGUGUUGCGCAGUAGCAGCGGACAAUGUCAUCGAUCGCGGUUUCAAGAUUGCAGGAUAG